CAUUGCUUCCAAGUUAGAUUUAGUUUCAGGUCUGUGUCAGAAGUUGACUUACUUUUUACUAGAGCACAGGAAAUUUGCUAUUAUAUUCAAUAAGAUUAACCUAGGCAAUAGGCGCUUUCAAAUUAUGUAAGUCAUAGCACCGUUUCCCGCCAAUCUAUUCUCGAUUUAAACAUUUCCCUAAUCAAAGCAUUUUUCCCCUUCAAUAAAAAUAACUGUGUUAUCCACUUACCACAAAGUCUUUGAACGUUUCCGAAAUUUCGGCUUGUUUGAUGACCAGGUAAUUAUUUCAUAAAAACAGGCAAAUUUAAUGUACCACGUAAAAUUGUAAUGUCAAGGCGAUUUUAAUGAAAUUGUCGCUCGGAAAAUUAUUUUAUCAUUUAGAUAUUAGCACACUUUACUCAAAUUUGCUUUGACUACAAAUUGCUUCCGCUUGAAAUUUUUGUAACCGAAAAAAAAUGUAAUUUUUACGUAACAUUGCCAUGAUAGUGCAUGCGUCUGAAUAGUAUGGAGUGCCAAACAAACCCACGCGUCGCAAAGGGCACCAGGUCAAUGUAAAAAAUUUCAUAUCAUCUCAUCACUAAAAAAAUCGUGUCAGUAUUUAAAAAAGUUGCGUAAUAUUUGCGACAAUUAUUCAACAUUACACUUGACUCGUUUUGAAUGAACGUCCGUUGUCGGUGUCCUUAGCCCUUUUUUUAAUCAAAAACUGGUUGCUCUCCGUCUGGUCCCACCCUUUCCCGCCAAAUAAUUUUGCUUUUGACCUUUGAAUGGACCUCAUCAUUGCCCUUUGCGCAGCCGUGUCGCCUGUAACAACCGGCGUCGAGACGUUUUUCAUGAUUUCCAGACGUAGACAAAAUCGAUAGAAUCAGUUCAUCACAUGAUGUAGUCGCGUGUAUGUUAGACGGGCUCUUGAGCCUAAAAAAUUACCAGAACGCAACAUAAUCCAAGAACUCAUUAUCAUCCUAGUGAAGAAAACUAUGGAUCUAAAGCCAUGGGCAGUAUCAAUCAUGUUCAGCUUUCGCGAAGAUCCUCAGAUACACCGAGCCCAUCAAGUGCCUUCGAUACCGGUCCUCCAAUUGAUACGGAAAUAACCCUCGUCAAGUCUCCACAGGAUAAUAGUGAUAAUGAUAAUGGAAGACUUCCAGAUGUUGUUGUUGAAGCAAAGAUUUAUGAUGAUGAAGAUCAGAUCCAGGAGACGUAUUUUUCGAUUGCAAUACAAGUCUUUAUUCCAUUUCUCAUAGCAGGAUUUGGAAUGGUCUUUGCUGGGUUAGUUUUAGACAAAAUACAGCAUUGGCCAGUAUUUGAAGAAAUCACAGAACUAGUAAUAUUGGUACCUGCACUUUUGGGCUUAAAAGGCAACUUAGAAAUGACGCUAGCGUCACGAUUAUCAACACAAGCUAAUCUUGGUCAUAUGGAUACAACUAAACAAAAAAUAAGCAUUAUUGUUGGCAAUCUAAUACUUAUCCAGUGUCAGGCCAUAGUUGUAGGAUUUUUGGGGGCUGUAGUCGCCGUUGUAAUGGGAGCCAUAAAAAGUUACGACGUCGAAUUAGAUCGUGCUUACUUGUUAUGUGCCAGUAGUCUAGUAACAGUGUCAAUAGCCAGUUUCGUCUUAGGUUUAAUAACAGCUGGCGUUAUUGUUUUCUCAAGACAUUGUCAUAUCAAUCCUGAUAAUGUCGCUACUCCAAUAGCGGCAAGUUUAGGAGACAUCACAUCAUUAACGUUACUUUCCUGGGUUUCAACCGUACUAUAUGACUCUCUUGGCACCCAAGACUGGUUAGCACCGUUAAUAAUCGCUGGCUACAUCUUGGCUAUCCCCCUUUGGGUCUGGAUCGCCAAGAAAAACGUGUAUACGAAAGACGUCCUGUACCAUGGUUGGACCCCUGUUGUGGUCGCAAUGUUGAUAAGUUCAAUGGGAGGCUUAAUCUUGGACUUCAUGGUGUCCAGAUUCGAAGGCAUUGCAGUUUUCCAACCAGUCAUCAACGGUGUCGGAGGCAACCUUGUAGCAGUUCAAGCUAGUAGGAUUUCAACAGCGUUACAUAAACAAGCCGAGUUAGGUAUCCUCACAUCUGAGUCAAUGGUAGAUGAAGAUAACGUCAUUUUCAUAUCACCUGUAACUAGUUUUUGCGGUAAAGGAGUGCACGCUAGAACAACACGCGUUUUGAUGUCAAUGGUGAUUCCUGGCCACGUCAUAUUUAUCUAUACAAUUGAUUACAUGAAAGGUGGAGACACUUCCCUUAGCUCUUUAUUUGUAGUGGUAUAUUUAUGUGCAGCUGUGAUGCAAGUAGCCACUUUAUUGUAUGUUGCAUACAUCAUGAUACACUGGAUGUGGAAGAAGAAAAUAGAUCCUGACAACUCCGCUAUUCCGUAUUUAACGUCGAUGGGUGAUUUGUUAGGAAUCUCGUUGUUGGCUAUUGCUUUUCAGUUCUUGUAUCUUGUUGCCGAUCACGAUACACCAGGGGAUCGUUGAAACGAGGGUGAACAAGCAGAUGCCGCGCACUGUGCGACACCUUCUUUGAAUACCUCUUUCAGAACUUCUUUGUUGUGAUAAAAACACAAAAUGACAAUAGUUUUUUUAGUAUUAUUGUUCUCGAAGCUACGGAAGAGUAUGUCUUAGAUAUAUUAUUUUAAUAUAGAAGAGUUCAACUAUUAUAAAUGUAUUUUUCUUUCAUAGAAUAAAUGAU